AUGGAGGCCCCGCUCCCUGGUCUUUUCCUGCUUCUGGUCCUCCUGGCAGUGGGAUGGGGAAGCGGGGCAGUCACAGCCUGGGCAACAUCUUCUGGCAGCUGCAAGCUUGUGCAGAGCACCAUGGACUGCACUGGGAGAUGGCUGAGCUCUGUCCCAGGAGAUCUUCAAGGUGAUACCGAGGAACUGUUGCUUGAUGACAACACUAUUCGGGUUCUGGGCAACGAGUCUCUGCUCUCAUACCACCAGCUGCGGUGUCUCAGCUUGACCAAGAACCGGCUGGAGCUCAUUGAGCCUGGUGCCUUCCUUAGCAGCCAAGGCCUCCAUGUGCUCUCCUUGGCAGACAACCUCCUCUUCACCAACUACUCGCUGACAGCAGCUGCUUUUUCUGCUCUGCCAGCUUUGAGGAUGCUGGAUCUAGCUGGAAACCACCUCACUGAGGACAUGGUAUCAGUUUUGGUCUGGAACCUGCCUUCCUUGGAGUCCUUGUCAGUGGCCAGGAACAUCAUCAUGAGGUUGGACUCAUCCAUCUUCACAAACCUGACACAGCUGUUGGAGCUGAACCUGGAGAAGAACUACAUCUUUGAGAUUGAUGAAGCUUUCACAGGGCUGCAGCGGCUGCAGAGGCUCAACAUAGCUUAUAACUACCUCCCGUGUGUAGUAGAGUUUGGCCUGACCCAGCUCAGGGUGCUCAAUGUCAGCAACAAUGUCAUUGAGUGGUUUCUGGCCCUGGAAAGCGAUGACCUUUUUGAGCUGGAGGUGCUAGACCUGUCCCACAACCACCUCCUCUUCUUCCCUGUGUUGCCUCGGCAGAGCAAGCUGCACUCCUUGCUGUUGAAGGACAAUGAGAUGAGCUUCUACCAGCGCCUUCCCAACGGCACAUCCCUGGCGGAUGUCACAGUACAGUUCCUGCUCAUUGAUGGCAACUCCACCAACAUCACAACGGUCAGCCUCUGGGAUGAGAUCUGCCACAGCAACCUCUCCUCCCUGCGCCUCCUGGACAUGAGCCGGAACCAGCUCUGGUACCUGCCGGAGGGUUUCCUGGCCCAGAUGCCUUCCCUGACCCACUUGAAGCUCAACCAGAACUGCCUGGAGAUGUUUCACCUGUCAGAAAGGGACCCUUUAUCCAUGCUGGCAGAGCUGGACCUCAGCCAGAACAGGCUGGUGGAGCUGGGGGUGGAGGUGGGUGCCAGGGAUGUCCUGCCCAACCUGCAGCUCUUCAACCUCAGCACCAACAGGCUGCAGGCACUUCCUCCUGGGGUUUUCACCUACACCAGAAAGAUCACUACCGUGGACCUCAGCCACAACCAGGUUGACCUCUGUCCCCAGCCAGCUGUUGCAGGUGGGACAAAGAGUCCCCCCUGUGUGGACAUCAGGGGUGUCAAGACCUUGACUCAUCUCUCCUUGGCUGGCUGCGGCCUGAGGGGACUAGGUGGCCACCCGUUCCAGGGGACAUUGCUGAUGCAUUUGGAUCUCUCUGACAACCAUCAGGUACUGUCUGGGGACCUGGGGUGGCUGCAGGACCUUGCUCUGACGCUGCAGGUGUUGUCUCUGAGGAACACCAGCCUCUCCUCCACCACUGUGGACUUCUCUGCCUUUAACAGCCUUGUGCACUUGGACCUUUCGGGGAAUUCCUUGACUGCCUUCCCCAGCUCACUGGGUGCACUGAAACUGCGCAGCCUGAACCUGCGGAACAACUGCCUCCCGGCUCUGCCGAUGGACGUGGUGCAGGCGCCGCUGGGGAAGAGCCUGCGCGAGGUCUACCUCAGCCAGAACCCCUACAACUGCUGCACGCUGGGCUGGUGGGACUCCCUGCAGCAGGUCGAGGGGUUGUGCAUCCCUGACAGGCAGGAGGUGACCUGCAGCUACGCCUCCCGCAUACUGAGCCCCAGGGCACUGCCCGAGCCCGUCCUGCAGAGCUGCCGCUGGCAGACGGCUGACCUGGCACUGCUCUACCUGGUGCUGCGCGGGGUGGCCCUCCCCAUCCUCUUCCUCACACUUAAGCAAAAGCUGCUGAAAAUGGUGAAAAGUCGGUGCGGAGUGUCCAGCCCUUACUGA